AUCUCAGAUGUUUGAAGGACAGUCUGUCUCUCUGAGCUGUGAGGAGGACGACAGCUCUGCUGGAUGGACUCUGAGGAGGAACACGACUCAUGAAACCAGGACUCAGUGUGGAGAUGGCUGGGGAAAACCUGCUAAUUAUUCCUGCAACAUCAAACCCAUGUUCUCAUGGGACAGUGGAGUGUACUGGUGUGAGUCCAGAGAGGGAGCAACCAGUAACAGCAUCAACAUAACUGUCACUGGUGGACCAGUGAUCCUGCAGAGUCCUGUCCUCCCUGUGACGGAGGGAGAAGACCUCACUCUGACCUGUAAAACAAAGAAGUCCUCCAACCUCCCAGCUAGUUUCUAUAAAGAUGGCUCCUUCAUCAGGACUGAGCCUGCAGGUCACAUGACCAUCCACCAUGUUUCCAGGUCUGAUGAAGGCCUCUACAAGUGUCUCAUCAGAAGUGUUGGAGAGUCUCCACCCAGCUGGGUCUCUGUCACAGGAGAGGAGGUUAAAGAGAAACCCCCAACUACAAGUCCUCCUUCACCUCCCUCUACUCCUGAUUCUUCUCCACCUCCCUCUGUGUUGUGGUCCAAUUCAAGCAGUGUUGUGAUUAGGCUGGUUCUACUGUUUCUACUGGUUGUGCUGGUUCUACUGGUUUUGCUAGUUCUACUGGUUGUGCUGGCUCUACUGGUGACAAGAUACAUCUGUAAGAAACCUAAAGCUGCUGACGCUGGAGAUGAUGACAACACAGACGACGUCACAUACAUUGAUGUCCAAAUAUCAUGUAACCUGCAACAGCCAAUCAGACGGAGCAGAGAGAGUGAUCCUGCUGCAAUCUACUCCGCAGUGAGAACAGAAGACGUCUGUUACGGACAAAUAGUGAUCAAAGAGAAGAAAUCAAACAGGAAGAGAGAGAGAGAUCCAGCUGCAGUCUACUCAGCAGUGAGAGGAGCAGAAGAUGUCAGUUAUGGACAAAUAGUUAUCAAAUCAAACAGGACCAGAGAGUCUCCAGCAGAGCCAGAGGUCCUCUACUCUUCACUGAGGAAGACCUGAACACCAUCACACCAGUCCAACCAGUGGAGUCCAGCCAGCCAAUCACUGGUCCCCAGAGACCCUCAUACCUCGCUACAUUCAUCUGUUUGACUUCCUAUCUGUAUAUGUUAAGGCUAAAUGAGACUCAUGCAGCUACAAAGAGACAAAUAAUUCAACUCAAUUUAGAGCAUGUUGCAUUCUUUGUGUUUAGUUAAAUAUACCAUAGAUUUGUUCUCUAAAAGUUGCAUACACCGACAAAUAUCUACUGAACCGAGUCUAAUGAUAAUAACUAUUUACUGAUAUUUAUAUAUUGUAUUUAUGAGCUUGUUUCUGUGCAGGAUCAAUAAACUCUGGUGUCCCCGGUUGUUUUCCUCGUGUGGUUCUGUGGGUUUCACAUCUCUGACAGAUGGAACAUUUGUUCUGGUUGGGGCUAACCGAUCCACGCUUCUCUUCAGCGCAU